AUGGUUUGUGAAGGCCAUCUUGACAUCUAUGGCUAUUCACUAACCCUGCCGAGAACUAUACUUUUCUAUAUUUUCUCAUUUUGCACACUCGGCAUUUUCCGUUUGAUAAUCCAUUGGAAAGAGGAAUGGUACAUCAAGGUGCGAGCCACCAAAUGCAACCUCGAUCAAGCGAACAUACUCUUUAUUGUCGAUGAGAAUCGAACAACUACUCAUCGUUUGGUGAAAGAUGUUACGAUGGGAUCUGAUGGAAAUCCCCUCAUUUUACCCAAUGGACUGGGAAGUUAUCGAGAAGUAUCCCAUAUUCGGUAUUUCACUUUCCGAAAAAUGCUCUACGCGUGGUUCGAGAAAGAGGCGAAGUUCAUUCCACCAUCGGACUUCGACAGUUCGGUGCCCGUGAAAACGUUGAUCGAUCGGAUUGAUGACAAACACGGGAUCACUACAGCACAAGUGCUUCAACGCCGGCUUACAUACGGCAGAAAUCUGAUCGAAGUGCAGCUAAAACCAAUCGUCGUUUUGCUUUUCAAAGAGGCCAUCUCUCCGUUUUACAUCUUUCAACUAUUCAGUGUUUGCCUAUGGUAUUGGGAUGAGUACAUCUACUAUGCAUCAAUCAUUGUCAUCAUUUCAGUUGGAUCGAUUACGCUAGAUGUUUAUCAGACAAGGAAACAAGAAAAGAAACUCCGAUCGAUGGUUCAUUCGUCUGGAGAGAUAACAGUUCUCCGAGACAAAGGAGAGUGCACAAUUCUGGUACCCGGUGAUGUGAUUGUUAUUCCCGAACAUGGUUUUGUGAUGCAAUGCGAUGCAAUUCUUUUGACAGGAACCGUUAUCGUCAAUGAGUCGAUGUUGACUGGGGAAAGUGUUCCCGUUACAAAGGUGAAUGCCUCUGGCUUGGACGAUGAUAAUAAAACGGGAAAUGUGAAGCUUGAUUUCGAUCGACACGCAAAACAUGUGUUAUUCUGUGGAACACAGGUACUCCAAACUCGAAAUUACGGACGAGGUCUCGUGAGAGCGAUCGUCAUUCGAACAGCUUUCUCUACAACAAAGGGACAACUUGUUAGAUCCAUCAUGUACCCAAAACCAAUCGAUUUCGAGUUUAACAGGGAUCUUUUGAAGUUCGUCGGUUUCUUGAGCAUCAUGGCGUCUUUUGGUUUCGCCUACACUCUUGGAAUGAUGUUCCAUUAUGGGGCGGCCUGGAAGAAGUUGGUGAUUCGAUCGUUGGAUAUCAUCACUUGUGUUGUUCCCCCAGCUCUUCCAGCCGCAAUGUCCGUCGGAAUCAUCAACGCAAAUGGCCGCUUGAGAAAGAAAGAUAUCUAUUGUAUCUCUCCAUCAACCAUCAACACGUGUGGAGCUGUGAAUGUGACGAGAGACUGCUCAUUUGGGUUGGACACGGGAGAGAUGAGACACGAGGAUUUCCCCGAAGGAGCCAGGGUGAUCAAGCUUCAGCUGUCUGCCCAUCGCUUC